AACUACGUUUGCCCACUCUCAAACCAUCUCUCUCCAUUUCUGCCAUAACUGUUACCUCUCUCUCUCUCUCUCUCUCUCUCUCUCUCUCUCUUGUUUAUAACUGAUCAGACGUGCAAGAAACAAUGCUACAAUAAGCAGGCAUUACUCCUUCAAGAAGUAAAGGAGCCAAAACCAAAAGAACCGAAACAGGAAUCAAGAACACGCACUGCACACAGUGGGUAUGACAGUUUCAGUUGCUGUCUUGCUUGCAACUACGGCUCUUUAGUCUUUCCUCCUCUCUCUCUCUCUCUCCUCUUUCAUGUACUUCAGGAAAGAGAUAAUAAAAAGACUGAAUCUUGACUGAACAAGAUUGAGAAAUGUGCAGUAUCCCGUUUGUGGGGAACCCCGAGGCUAAGUUCUUGGCAGAUUUUUGCAAUAAAGGGACGCGUUUCAGGCUGUUUAAGCCCUCGCUGGGGAUUUUUGGAUUGAUGGUUUGUGUGAUUUUUGGCUCCCUUUUGUGUUCACAGCAUGAGAGGUUUCCGGGGAUGAAAACUGAUGAUGGCGGGGGCGGGUUUGAUAGCAGGAAAAAGAUUGAUUUUUGGAGUGGUGGGUGUGACGUGUUUGAUGGUGAUUGGGUGUGGGAUGAUACAUAUCCUCUGUACCAAUCGAGGGAUUGCAGGUUCUUGGAUGAUGGGUUCAGGUGUUCUGAGAAUGGGAGACCAGAUAUUCACUACACUAAGUGGAGGUGGCAACCCAGAGAUUGCAACUUGCCCAGAUUCGAUGCCAAGUUUAUGUUAGAUAAACUGCGUAACAGACGUGUAGUGUUUGUGGGAGACUCAAUUGGAAGAAACCAGUGGGAAUCGCUUCUCUGCAUGCUGUCUUCUGCAAUUGCCGACAAGGACUCAAUAUAUGAGGUGAAUGGCAACCCCAUCACCAAGCACAAAGGUUUCUUGGUCUUUAAGUUUAUAGAUUAUAAUUGCACCGUGGAGUACUACCGUGUUCCGUUUCUCGUGGUGCAAGGCCGGCCUCCUGCUGGAGUUCCAUUAAAGGUUCAAACUACGUUAAAACUAGAUAGAAUAGAUUGGAGUUCAUCACAAUGGAGAGAUGCUGAUGUGCUUAUAUUCAAUACCGGACAUUGGUGGAAUUAUGAGAAGACAAUAAGGGGAGGCUGUUACUUCCAAGAAGGUUCAGAGGUGAAGAUGGACAUGAGAGUUGACACUGCAUACCGGAAGUCCCUUGAAACGGUUAUAAGUUGGGUACAUCGCGAAGUGAAUACUACCAAGACACAGGUCUUCUUUCGGACAUUUGCUCCUGUGCACUUCAGCGGUGGAGAUUGGAGAUCAGGGGGAACAUGUCACUCGGAGACCUAUCCUGAGCCAAAUUCGUCUUCGGAACCAUCCCACACAUUGACAAAGUACACCAUAUUUGCCCAAGUAGUUUCAGCUCACACCAACACAUCCAAUUUCAGUGCUCUACAUGUACUAAAUAUAACUCACAUGUCAUCAAGAAGAAAAGACGGGCACUCUUCUUUGUACUACUUGGGCCCAAAGACAGGCCCUGCACCUAUCCACAGGCAGGACUGCAGCCACUGGUGUUUGCCUGGAGUGCCCGAUACGUGGAAUGAGUUGCUCUACGCCCUCUUUCUCAAGAAUGAAGCAACUAGAACCUCAAAUUCAUCGGUCUUUCAUGAAAAGGUAUGAUGGUUUGCUCGACGUUGUACAUAUAUAACCCACACAGUGCAAGAAGACACCAUUUUUGAAUUGAUGCAUGAAGUUUGAGUUCAUUGAGCAAGGCCAAGAUCAUUUCCCAGUUCUUUUGAGUUUUUGUCGAGGAUUUUGACCUUCGGGUAUAUAGUAGAACUGCAGAUGGCUGCAUUUUUCGAUUGAUUUCAGACAGAGUCUUGAGUUUAGAGGUGCAUUAGCAACAAGUUCAUUCAAGAAGACACAUCAAAAACAAAUACAUAUUAUACAUUCCUUUUCCUUUUGCUUCCUUUGAGCAGUGCUAGAGAAGUUGCAGAUAAUUUGUAUAAACCAGUACAUUCUGCUGUACUAAUUUGAAGAACUCUACAAAUGUAAUGCAAGAGGAGAAAGCAUGCAUACUUGAUGUGAACUUUUACUAUGUGCAGCUACCUCUGUUGUCUGAGGGUUGUGGGAUGGGAUUCUUGCAACAUCCCUCAUUAACAUUUAUGCCUCCCCUCCUCGGACA